UUAACUCGAUGCUCCGCCCCUCAGGAGCCAUCUCCCAACGUUACACGCGACGAACGCAAAUGAAACCCCGAUGGCGCGUGAUGAAACUUUGGGGGCAGGCUCGAUGA